UGUCGUUUAAUCUCUUAUUUAUACCUCGUCAUGUCUACUCUCAUCGACCCUACCAUUACGGAAUCAUCGGAUGCCCAGCAUACUGUACUUUUGCCUGAGGACUACGUCAAGAAGUUCGAUCCUGAUGAGUAUUUGCAGUUUUAUUUCAGCAGAGAUGCUAUUGAAGAUGGAACCCGUGUUUCCCUAUUCGCACUUCCUGUCUUCGCCCAACUUAUGCUCCAAACUAUGCGACCUUCUGAACGUGAAACUCUUCUGGAUAUUGGAGCAGGACCAACCGUCUAUUCGGCUCUUUGUUUCCGUGAUGUGGCAAAGCGUGUUCACUUAUCAGAUUUUGUCGAUCGGAACCUUGACGUUCUGAGAAAAUGGAUCCGCCACGAGGAGACUAUUGACUGGGUGCCAACUAUCAAAGUGAUCAACCGAACGGAAGGAGGUCCCACUCCAACAGAUCAAGUAUGCAUUGAUGUUGAAGAAAAAGCCCGCGGAUUGGUCAAGUCUGGUGGAAUUCAUUUCGCAGAUGUUCACCAGAUGGAUGUGGUCCCUGAAUUGGCUGGGAAGAAGGUGGAUAUCCUGGUGUCGAUCUUCACGUUAGAAAGUGCUUGUCGCAACUAUGAAGAGUAUUGUAAAUGUGUCACUAAUAUGAUGAGACAUCUCCGUUCCGGCGGUCGUUUUGUGCUUGGUUCGGUGCUCGAGGACGAUGAGUACAACUCGGGAAGAAAGACAAUCUUCCAUCUCCUCAAUCUCAGUGAACAGAUGAUUCUUGAUGCUCUUGUAUCUGUUGGUCUUGAUGUUGCCAAUGCAAAGAAAUACGUUUUGGACGGAGAAGGUGUCAUGUUCAUAAUGGCUACGAAGCUCUAAACUUGUUGUUUAAUUAGAUUCCCCACUCGAUCAUUUGUCAGUAUUGAUGAAGUCACUAGGCGUAUAUCAACAAAAAAGUACUGUACUCGGCUUUAGGUCUCUUUCACUUCUUUUUUUAAUUGUGCACUAUAUUCUUUUCAUAUGUUUCGCUUUUUAAUUGUAAAAUGGUCAGAAUUCAUCCGUCCUCUGCAUGUUGUAUUUCGAGCUUACUGGUUUGCUUAAUAUUGAUAUAAUAAUAAUAAUAAAUCUGUAGAAAUUG